CAACGCUCGUGACCGGAACCGCAGCAGUCGCUCUCGAGCGAGCGAGCAGACAGACAGCGAUCGAGAGAAAGCGAGAGAAAGCGUUUGCGUGGUCGGUUGGCCUCUGCGAAGCUGGCUUUUCGUCCGGCUCCUUCUCCCUCCGGACUAUGAUGCACCAUUGCUCCUUCGCUUUGCACCCGCACAUCCAGCGUUUGUUUCGUCCGUCCUUCUGUGACGAGACACUCUCGUGUUCCAAUUUCGACUGACCGACCGACCGAUCGAUCGAGCGAUCGAGCUCUUCCCUCUCUUCCCUGUCCUCCCCUAUCCUCCGCUUCCGCCCCAGCGAGACCAUUCUCUCCAUUCAGCAUUGCUCGAUUAAAGUCAGGUUCUGAAGCCCGUCAAGCUCAGCACAGCGCGAGGUCCUUUCGACGAGCCAUAAGCGGCCGGAGGUCCAUGAAAACUCGGUGCAUCCAGUGGCGAGCAGGGAGAUAGACCUCGGCGUUCGGACAUCGCCAGCAGUAUCCGCGUGCAAUCGGAGGAGGAGAAGGAGAAGCAGAAUGGGCUUCGGAGCCGGAGACGUGGUGGGGCUCAUCUGGAGCCACCCCAUCGCGUCGGUCGUGGUGGCGCUGCUGUUCACACCGCCGCUGUUUCCGAUCGUGGUGUUCUUCUCGCCGCUGCUCAUCUCCACGGCGCUGGUGGUGCUGGCGAUGAUCAGCAUGGGCUCGGAUGGCGACGACGGCGGGGCCAGCGCCGGAGCGGGCUUCGGGCACGCGCACUCGCACUCGCAGUACAAGCGCGACUGGCACGAGCACGAGGAGACGGACCAAGUGAUGGUGGACGACGAGGACGGGCCGCUGCUGCUCGAGGAGGAGCGGCGCCUGUCCAAGCGGCGCAAGCCCCUGCCCGUUGGCGCGGCGCCCGACGACGGCUGGCUCGACAAGCUCAAAACGUGGGAGGAGACCGGGCGCGCCUGGGUCGACAGCGUCCUGCACCAGGAGAGCCGCAAGCCCGUUGAGGCGCUGCUCUCGGCGGCGCCCGCCCGCGAGGUGCGCUUCGCGCGCCCCAUCCCGCAGCCGCUGCCCACCCCGCCUGCGCCUGCGCCCCCCGCCUCCGCCUCCGCCGCGCCCGUCGUCCAUUCGUCCGAUGCCGAGCCCGCCGUCGACGAUCGCCCCGCUCGCGAUGGCGAGAUUUCGUCCGAGGCCGAGGAGGUGCAGCGCUCUCGUGGAUUCCCGCUGCCCGAGCCCAGCCAAGUGAUCGUCGACGAUGCGCACGAUUCCAGGCCCUCGGACGCUGCUCCUGCUCUCGACGCUUCUGGUGCUGGUGCUGCCAAGGAGCAGAGUCCAGCGGUGCCGAGCGAGACCGGCAUUCUUGCGCCGGAGGAAGUGGGAGAAGUGGCUGGCGUCGGCGCCGGUGACAAGAGUUCCACUUCUGACACGAGUGAUCAAGCCCGUGGAGCUGCGCAGGAACCAGCCUCGACGUCUUCUUCAUCGAGCCACUCGGAGGGCAAGUCCGGGAGCUCGUCAGACGCCGCAGCAGCCGUGAUCAGAGAACGAAGAGGAGGAGGAGGAGGCGGCGGCGGAGAGCAUCACAGAACGGCUUCCGUGGUCGUGACACUGUCGGAGAAGCUAAAUGUUCCGCUGGAGGAUAUGAUGUCUCUACUGGCCGGCGACGAGAAGCCAUCGUCCUCUUCCAACGAAGCUGUCCCCCCUGCGAGCAUGAAGAACGGCCCCCUCUCUCACGAUGAGGGCUGGUCCAGCUCCGAUGACGAGCCGCUCAGAGCAGCGGACACGGGCAAAGGUGAGGAACUCCAAGCGGAGAAGCGGAGCUCCUGAAAGGCGAAUUGGAGUGGAAUUUGGCACGGCCAUUCAAGCAAAGUCUGGAGACAAUCUUCUUCCUGAGAAGCGAAAGACGGAGCUCGAGAAGCAAAUCGCCCGAGAAAUGAACGGAUGCUGAUGUAAAUGGUGCUGUGCAGGCAAUCGAGCAUGCAGGUCUGCGUGGCAAGUGACUUCGAGUGCGAUCGGUCUGUGAAAUUGUGUGUUCAAUCUCGUUCUUUGGCAUGGAAUGGGGCGAUGGAUGUUCGUCUCGUCGGCUAGGCUAGGCUAGGCAAGCAGGCUAGGCCAGCGAGCCAGCAGCAGCAUCAUGCUGCUGGUUUUGAUCGACAUUGGGUGACGAUACUGAAUUGCUGUUAGGAAUUUGCAACCAACAAUAGAAGCAGCACAAAUCGGAAUUGUCCAUAAUUUUGUACAACGGUGUGGGUAUAGUGGUGAGCUAGUAACGUGACCGGAUCCUGCGAUCGAUGUGGCUUCACUAGCUUGUCAGGAGCUGAAGCCUGAAGCUGCCACUGGAACAAACUGCAAUCAUCUAAUCUAAACCGGUCAUGAAAGUUUUAGCUGUUUUUCUCUCAAUGUAGGAUAGAUAUUCUAGCGUCUAGAUCAGAACAAUUCUGCAAGCGCUUAACUCCCAAUUCGUUCGCUCACUGUAAAGCUUAACAUGCUGCUGCUCCUGAUGGACUUUAGUAGAUUCUGAAACCGAUACUAUUCCCUUGUCUU